AUGCCCGCCGUCCAGCCACAGUUCAGCGUCCAUCGCCUUGGCCGCCUCGCCAUAGGGGCCAGCCGAAAUCCGUUGCAGACGCGCAGGCCAGCGCACGGACCUCAGACCUUCGGCGAUCGCCGCUUCCGGCAGGUCCAGCUCAAGCGCCGCGACGAUGCAUUAUCCAAGUCAAGGAUCAUCAUUCGCUCAGCCUUGGCGGAUCGCGAGCUGGCACCCAUCGUGAUGAACCACAAGUGCAAUGGCUGCGUGCUCACUCCAGCAGGCUUAAACCUCGACAUGGCCCACACAGUCGCCAAGUACAUCUAUCACCACCACAACGGCGAAGACGCCGAACUCCCCGGCAUAAAAAUCUACGACACUGAAAUCCACAAACCACUGAUCGUCAAAGACAUCGAGAAAGUCGGCGACCUGUGGAUAGAAAUGGAAACCACAAUCGACCACCCCUCAGCCUCCACAUCAACAGACAUAAUGAACGCCACAAUAAAAUGCGUCUUCCACUCCAUCACCCCUCAAGGCGUACGCCUCCAAGAAUGCGGCUACUGCUCCAUCAAAUUCGAAUCCCACCAAUCCUGGCUCCAAGAAUGGCAACACUACACCCCCAUCAUCCUCGACCGAAUCCAAAACCUCCACCGCAGAGCCUGCACCGAAAACAACAUGGACGUCCAACUCAUCCAACGCUCCCACGCCUACAAACUCUUCGAAUCCUUCGUCCAAUACGCCCCAAAAUACCAAAACAUGUCCGAAGUGAUUUUCAACGCGCGAAACAACGAAGCCACAUCGAUCAUCGACUUCCCCCACCUCGACCCAAACACGGAUUUCACAGCUCCGUACUACCUCGACGCUUCAUGCCACAUUUCCGGCUUCGUCGCCAACGCCGUCGAACCCGACAAAGACAAAAACGCGUUCGUAUCCCACGGCGUCGCCGCGCUGAAACUCUCUCCGAACUUCCAACCCGAUCGCGUCGCGAAACUUUCGAGUGCUUCGACACCCACGACGCCUGCCAUCUCCAGGGCUCCUUCGUUCUCCGCUGAGCCUGCGAAUGCCGCGUUCCGGGGUAUGAGGAAUUAUGUCCAGAUGCGACAGGAUGCGAGCGAGAAGAGUGUGAUCAAGGGUGAUGUGUUUGUGUUGCAGGAUGGGGAGAUUGUGGGUGUUUGGGAAGGGGUGCGGUUUAAAAAGAUUCCGAGACGGGUGUUGAAUGUGUUUUUGCCGCCGCCGAAGAGGACGGUGAGUUUUAGUCAGAAUGCGAAGAAAUGA